AUGGACUUUCUCAAUUUUGUGCUUAACUUGUUGGUCCCUCCAGCUAGUUUGAUCAUGCUAGCUUUCUCAUGGCCAACACUUUGUUUCCUCAAUGCUUGUGAAUGGCUUUAUAACACUAUAUAUGGUGAAGAUAUGGAUAAUAAAGUGGUCAUAAUUACUGGAGCUUCUUCAGGCAUAGGAGAGGCAAGUUCUCUUAUUCAAAUUGCAUAUGAGUAUGCUUUAAGGAGAGCAAAUUUAAUGUUGGUGGCACGCAGAGAGCACAGGCUAAGAGGGAUUGCAGAGAAUGCAAGGCGAAUGGGUGCAAGACAUGUUAUGAUUAUGGCAGCAGAUGUUGUCAAGGAAGAUGAUUGUAGAAGAUUUGUCACUGAAACCAUCAAUGCCUAUGGCCGUGUAGAUCAUCUUGUGAAUACAGUGAGUUUGGGACAUACAUUUUGCUUUGAAGAAGUUACAGACACAUCAGUUUUCCCUGUUCUCCUGGAUAUUAAUUUUUGGGGGAAUGUUUAUCCAACAUUUGUGGCUAUUCCUUAUCUUCGUCAAAGCUGUGGUCGGAUUAUUAUAAAUGCAUCAGUUGAAAGUUGGUUACCUUUGCCGAGGAUGAGUUUAUAUGCUGCUGCAAAGGCCGCUUUAGUGAACUUCUAUGAGACGCUGAGAUUUGAAUUGAAAGAUGAGGUUGGGGUAACGAUAGCAACACAUGGUUGGAUUGGAAGUGAAAUGACGAGAGGCAAGUUCAUGCUAGAGGAGGGUGCAGAGAUGCAGUGGAAGGAAGAAAGAGAAGUGCAUGUGACGGGUGGACCAGUAGGGGAGUUUGCAAGGUUGAUUGUAUCAGGGGCAUGUAGAGGUGAUGCAUAUGUGAAGUUUCCUAGUUGGUAUGAUGUGUUCUUACUAUACAGGGUGUUUGCUCCUAGUGUUCUUAACUGGGUAUUCAGGUUACUCAUUUCGCCACAAGGGACAAGAAGAACUUCUUCUUAUGUAGGGACUGGAAGACCCUUGGAUGCUGUGGGUAUGGGAACUUCUCCUACACACACUGCCAUGGUUCCACUUACUUUCUCUGGCCAGUUGAGUCACCAAAUGCAGCACAAGCUCGAUUAA